CUUCCUCUCGCCCCUUUCCGCUGUAGGAAGUUAACGUGCCUAAGGUGCUUGGUUCUUCAUCCGAAGCUAAGGCCCUCAAUCCGGCGACUAGCACCGUCAAAUUUAGGCAUCCGACGCCACAGUUAUAAAAUCCAACAACUACAAUGGCCUCCGUGUCCGAGCUUGCCUGCAUUUACUCCGCUCUGAUCCUCCACGACGAUGAAGUCACCGUCACCGAGGACAAGCUGAAUGCUCUGAUCAAGGCUGCAGGAGUCACUGUGGAGCCUUUCUGGCCGAGUCUGUUCGCCAAAGCUCUUUCCAGCAUUGACAUCGGCAGCCUGAUCUGCAACGUUGGAGCUGGAGGUGGAGCUCCAGCUGGUGCCCCCGCUGCUGGAGCUCCUGCUGCUGCUGCUGGUGAAGCACCAGCUAAAGAGGAGGAGAAGAAAGAGGAGAAGAAGGAUGAGUCUGAGGAGUCUGACGACGACAUGGGCUUCGGUCUCUUCGACUAAAACAGAUGUUUUUUUGUUUUUUAAGAAAAAAAAACAAUAAAAGAAAAAAAACUG